AUGGAUGGCCUGUCCCACGAGAUGCUGGCAUCGGUUGUCUCUGACAUUGAAGCUGAGCGAGCUACGCAUGAUACACUUCGCGAUUAUGCGAGAGCAUGGGAUCGAGCGCAGCGUGUCUCGGCGAUGCAUUUAAUCCAGCUAUACACCAUUCCCCUGUCGCAAUUCGAAUCACACAUGCAAAGCGUCGAGGCGUCCUUUGAAGAUAUUCGCGCAUGCAUCAAAGUGCUAGCGGAGCAUGUACCGCCCAACGAAUUCUACAAGUGGGUAGACGUUUGGUCGUGGUGUAUGAAGCACAGCGUGUACGCCGUGGCCUUCACAUUUUACAUUGAGACAGGGCGCAUUAUAUCAAAAGAGAUGGUGAUAAACGUGCUGGGAUUGAAUGCAUUGCCUUCUAAUCAGAUGCGUCUUACCACGGAGGAGUACUUACAUGGUCUUAUCUCUGUCGUGAAUGAGUUGCCGCGUCUUUCUAUUCAUGUGGUGACGCUAGGCGAUUAUGACGCGCCUAUUCGUAUUGCUUCUCUUGUCAAGCAAGUUCAUGCAGCCUUCCAGAUUUUGAAUCUCAAGAACGACCUACUUCGUAAGCGCUUUGACACUCUUAAAUACGAUGUCAAGCGUGUCGAAGAAGUCGUCUAUGAUAUCCGCCUACGUGGCUUAGGUCCGACGGAAUCUCCUUCCGGACUCGCCGCGUACGUCUCGGACGCUGAUGCAGAGCGAGUCUACCAUCGGCUGGCUUCUCAUCCCACCCUCGACUUGGAAAACCAAACACAUACUACACAAACUAUGGGUAUGAGUACAAACUAG